AUGCCUGAACUCGUACAAGAGAUGAUGGCUGUUGCUAUUGACGCAUGCUCAGACGGCACCAAUGGCGGAUGUGAACACGUGUGUGCCACAACUAGGAAUGGCGCCUAUGACUGUUUGUGUUACGCGGGAUACAAACUGGAUAGUAACGGACACAACUGUACGGACGUGGACGAGUGUACGGAGUACGGACCAUGUGACCAGACGUGUAUCAAUAACCCCGGGACGUACACGUGCGGCUGUCGGGAGGGGUACCUACUGGACACGGAUAACGUCACCUGUAACGCUAUUGACGCAUGCUCAGACGGCACCAAUGGUGGAUGUGAACACGUGUGUGCCACCACUAGAAAUGGCGCCUAUUACUGUUUGUGUUACGCGGGAUACAAACUGGCCAGUAACGGACACAACUGUACGGACGUGGACGAGUGUACGGAACUACGGCUGUGUGACCAGACGUGUAUCAACACCCCCGGGACGUACACGUGCGGCUGCCGGGAGGGGUACCUACUGGACACGGACAAUGUCACGUGUAACGGUACGUACCUGUCUGAUAUUGAUAAGUUACCUAAUAUUGUUCUGUAG